AUGGCCGACAAUAACCAUGGAGAAGGGACUGUGCCAUUCAAAAUCCAGCACAUCGACACCACAUGUCAUACUUACUACAAGAUCAUUGGUGAUUUGUCAAGCAAUUCGCCUCGGCUGGUUGUGCUUCACGGUGGUCCAGGCACUGGCCAUGAGUAUCUUCUUCCCUUUAGCCGCCUGUGGCAUCAGUUCGGUAUCCCCGUGGUGUUCUAUGACCAAAUCGGCUGUGCCGCGUCCACUCAUCUACCUCACACCGCUGGAGAUGACUCCUUAUGGCAGGAAAGCCUUUUUCUAGCCGAGUUGGACAACCUGCUCGAUUCCCUUCAGCUUCGGGACGGGCCAGGCUAUCACAUUCUGGGCCAUAGCUGGGGUGGUAGAAUCGCCGCUGCUUUUGCAGCCACUCAGCCUCGGGGUUUGCAACGACUGGUCCUCGCUAGCGGUAUAGCCAGCUCUCAAAGCUGGGUAGAGGGUAUUCAAAUUAUCCGCAGACAGUUGCCAUCUGAUACGCAAUUAGCGAUUAAUGAAGAGGAGCAGAAGGGCAAUUUUGAUAGUGCUCGCUUUAGAGAUGCACUGGACGUGUUUUUCCGCAAUUACUUCUGUCGGGCGAAGCCUUUUCCACCUAAGGAGCUUCUACCAGCCUUCAAGCAUAUGAGUGAGGACAAGACUGUUCGGGAGACAAUAGCAGGACCAUCACCCUUAAAUUGCACGGGUUCCUUCCGGGACUGGACCUGCAUUCCGCGCCUACAUCAAAUUGCUGUGCCGACGCUUGUGUAUAACGGCGAGUUUGAUACCUCGAACGAUAUAACUACAGUGCCGUUUUUUGAGCACAUACCCCGCGUACGAUGGAUCACAUUUCCAGAUGCCGGACAUAUGUGUCAUCUAGAGCGACCGGAGCUUACAGAGAAAGUCCUUGGACUCGUUGGAGAAUUCCUGACGCAGGAGAAGUGA